AUGAGUAAAUUCUACUUCAGCGGCCGCGCCUCCUCCCCCACAAGAACACCCUCCUUCUCAGACGACGAGGAUGUCGACAACCUGCCCUACCCGGAAGCGCUCCCCCGCUCCGACUUCCUCGCGCCCACAUUCUCCGCGCCGGCCUACCUGUCCACGCUCUCGGAGCGCCACCAGACGCUCGAGGACCUGCGCGCCGACCUCCGGGAGCGGUCCCAGGCGCUGAGCAAGGAGCUGCUGGACCUCGUGAACACGAACUACGAGCAGUUCCUCAGCCUGGGCCGCGAUCUGAAGGGCGGGGAGGAGCGCGUGGAGGACGUGAGGGUGGGCUUGCUGGGCUUCAAGAGGGGCGUGGAGGAGGUGCGGAGGGGGGUCGGGGAGAGGAGGGAGGAGGUGGAUGGCUUGCUUGCCGAGAAGACGGGCGUGGGGAGGGAGAUGGCGCUGGGGAGGAGGCUGUUGGAGCUGGAUGAGAGGUUGGAGGAGCUCGAGGAGAGGCUGAUGGUGGAGAGUCUGACGCGGGCGGGGAAUGGGAACGGGAUCGGGAACGGAUCGGUGGUGGCGGACGAGUGGAGUGAUAGUGAGGAUGAGGACGAUGAGGAGGAGGACGUGGGCUUGAGGGUGGGUGCGAGUAUCGGGAAAUUAAAGAGGAUGGCCGGGUAUUUUAAAAAGGUUGAGACUUUGAUGGACAGGAUUGGGAGAGACCAUCCCUUUAUCGUUAAGCAGCAGGAGAGGGUGGUGAGGCUGAAGAAUACGAUUUUGCUGGAUCUGGGCACGGCGUUGAAGCAGGCGGCUGGUAUGAAGGAGGGCGGCAAGACGAGAUUGAUUGGGAUUUUGGGGGUCUAUAGGGAGUUUGGGGCGGAAGAGGAGGCCGUCAAGGUGCUGAGGAGUUUGGAGUCAAGGUAG